GGAACUGCAUACAAAAAUGUGUGGUGGAUAUGGAGGAUAACCAAACUGUUCUGCAUCCACCGCCUUCCAACAAUAAAGGAGAAAACAGCAGGAAACAAUCCAAGGUGUUUGCCUUUGACCACUGUUUCUGGUCCAUGGAUGAGUCCAACAUGCCCAAGUAUGCUGGUCAAGAGGUGGUGUUCCAGUGCCUUGGUGAGGGAAUACUGGAAAACGCCUUUCAAGGAUACAAUGCCUGCAUUUUCGCCUACGGACAAACAGGUUUAGAUCCUUGAUCCGCUCUUCCUGUCCUGAAGAACAACCUGGAGUGGAGUGACACACCUUGGAAACAAAGGCUUUGGAGACCACAGAUAAUAUGGGAUCGUCUGUAUGUUCCCUGCUGUUACAGGGCUAACAGACACAUUCAGAAGAGACACUGUAUACAGGAAGGGAUACUUAGAGAUGUGUUUGAUUUGUUGUCUUCAAUAAAUCCCCAUUCAUUUAGUAGUUCUGGUGUAUUGGAGGGAAGAGUUUUCUACAUGCAGGGUUUCAGUUUGCCAGUAAUUGACGGCUUUUGGCCGAUGAAAAACAGAAAAGAAAAGCAGAUAAAUAAAAUAGCUGUCGGCCAAAUUGACCGGGAGAAAAAACAAUCGCAUUGCAACAGAAUGUUUUUUAUUCAUUGAUGGAAAUACCAGUCCAUGAUCAGCGCAUUCAGGAAGUAUUCAGACCUCUUGACCUUUUACACAUUUUGUUACGUUACAGCCUUAUUCUAAAACUGA